AUGCUCCUCGCCCUGCUGGGCCUGCUCCUGUGCGGGCCGCGGCCGUCCAACGUAUCCCUGCCCGACUGCGGGGCGGCCCCCGGGUUGGGGAGGCCCGGGGACCUGCUCCUCGCGGGGGUCUUCGCCCUGCAGACGCCCCCCGCGCCCACCCCGCUCCGCUUCCAGCGGCCGCCGCAACAGCCCCGACCAAACAAAUUCUCCUUCUCCCAUUACCGCAUGGUCCAGAGCUUCAUCUUCGCCGUGGAGGAAGUCAACAGGCGCGCCGACGUUCUCCCCAACCUGACCCUGGGCUUCUCCAUCCGGGAUUCCGGGGAUUCGGAGUUCCAGGCCCUGCGGGCCACCAUGGGGUUCCUGACGGGGCGGGGGCAGCCGGCCCCCAAUUACCGCUGCGGGACCGGCCCCCCCGUGGCCGCGGUCAUCGGAGAGGACCGAUCGGCCUUGACCAUCCCCAUGGCCACCUGGCUGGGGCUGUACAAGUUUCCCCAGGUGAGCUACGGGGCCACAGUGGCGGUCCUGAGUGACAAGACCCGCUUCCCCUCUUUCCUGCGGACGCUGCCCCCCGACAGCUUCCGGGCCCGUGGGCUGGCCCGGCUGGUGAGUCACCUGGGCUGGACCUGGGUGGGCCUGCUGGCCCAGGACGACGACUACGGGCAGCAGGGGAGCCGGGCGCUGGGCACGGCCCUGGCCGCGGCCGGGGUCUGCGUGGAGUUCCUCCUGGAGAUCCCCAGCUCCCGGGCGGAGGAGCGGCUGCGUCACCUGGGCCGGGCCGUGGGGCGGGCCAGCGCCCGGGCCCUGCUGGUCUUCUCCGGCGACGAGCGCUUCCUGCUGCUGGCCGGCCAGCUGGCCGGGGCGGGCGGCCCCGGGAAGGUCUGGGUCGGCAGCGACGUGUGGGACCCGGCCCUGCUGGCGCCCGGGGGGCCCCUGGCCCGGACCCUCGGAGGGGCCCUGGUGUUCUCCAGCCACCGGGGACAGAUCCCGGGGUUCCGGGAGUUCCUCGGCCAGCUCCACCCUGACCGGAGGCCGGAAGACCCGUUCGUGAUCACGUUCUGGGAGGAGAUGUUCGCCUGCCGGUGGUCCAACCGGACCGAAGGUCCGCGGGGGGGCCUUGGGGAGGCACCGUGGUGCACGGGGGAGGAGAGCCUCAAGGGCCGAGACCACCCCUUCCUGGACAUGGGGGACCUCAGCGUGACCUACUCUUGCUACAAUGCUGUGCACAGCGUGGCCCGUGCGCUUCACGCCUUGGCUUCCUGCGAGGACGGGGCGGGACCCUUUGGGGGCGGAACAUGCGCCCGCAUCCGGGACUUUCAACCCUGGCAGCUCCUACACUACCUGUGGAAGGUGCGUUUCCGCAACAGCCACGGAGAGGAGGUCUUCUUCGACGCGCUGGGCGACCCGCCGGCUCUGUACGACAUCAUGAACUGGCAGGAGACGCCCGGGGGCACCUUCCACUUCCAGGAGGUGGGGAAAUUCGACUCCACCACCCUGCCGGGGCAGGAAAUGGUCCUCAAUGACAGUUCCAUCCUGUGGCUUGGGAUGGAGAAGCAGGUCCCCCGCUCGGUCUGCAGCGAGAGUUGCCCCCCGGGGACCAGACAGACUCCCCACAAGGGGAAGCCGCCCUGCUGCUUUGACUGCACCCCUUGCCCGGAGGGGCAAAUGGCAGACAAAACAGAUUCCCUCGAGUGCCGGAUGUGCCCAGGCGACGACUUUUGGCCCAAUAAGAGAAAGGACCAGUGCGUGAAGAAAGCGGUCGAGUUCCUGGAGUUUGGGGAGCCCCUAGGGGCUGCUCUAGCCUCCUUGGGGGCCACGCUGGCCCUGGCCACUUCUGCCAUCCUGGCCCUGUUCAUCCGGCACCGGGAGACGCCCAUCGUCCGGGCCAACGGCCGCGCCCUCAGCUACGUCCUGCUGACCUCCCUCCUGCUCUGCGACCUCUGCUCCCUGCUGUUCCUCGGCCGCCCGGGGGCCCUGACCUGCCUCCUCAGGCAGGUGGCCUUCGGCCUCACCUUCACCCUGGGGGUCUCGUGCGUGCUGGCCAAGACCAUCAUGGUGGUCAUCGCCUUCCGAGCCACGGUGCCGGGCAGCCCCCUGCGGCGGUGGCUGGGCCCCGGUCUGCCCGGCGCCGUCGUUCUGGCGUGCUCGCUGGCUCAGGGCGUCAUCUGUGCCACCUGGCUGGCCGCGGCCCCCUCCUUCCCCGAGCGGGACACGCGGUCCAGUCCCGGCAAGGUCCUCCUGGUGUGUAACGAGGGGUCCCCCGUGGCCUUCUGGUGCGUCUUGGGCUACCUGUGGCUCCUGGCCUUGGUGUCUUUCGUCCUGGCCUUCCUGGCCCGCCGCCUCCCCGACGGCUUCAACGAGGCCAAGUUCAUCACGUUCAGCAUGGUGGUGUUCGUCAGCGUGUGGGGGGCCUUCCUCCCGGCCCACCUGAGCACCCGCGGCCGGGCCACGGUGGCCGUGGAGGUGUUCAGCAUCCUCUGCUCCAGCUCCGGCCUCCUCGGCUGCAUCUUCUUCCCCAAGUGCUACAUCCUCCUCGUGCGGCCCGACAGGAACACCCGGGAGUUUCUCAUGGGCCGGGAGACCGCCGGCCCCCGGUGAGCCAAAGACCCCUCCGCUCCAGGCUCCCGUCUCCUGGUGACGACCCCGGCCGUCUCCCCGGGGAAGGAUGAAGGACGUCUUCGCCGCUGUGAUCUAGAAACCGAAAAGCCGCCCGGCCUAGUGAAAACAGCCGGGGACCGGGGAGUCGGAAGACCUGCGUUCUAAUCCCGCCACCGCCAUUUGCCCACCGUGUGACUGGGCAGUCACUUCACUCCUCUUGGCCUCAGUUCGCUCAUCUGCAAAGUGGGGAUUGAGACUGUGAACGCUAUGAGGGACACGGACUGUGCCCAACCUGUUUGGCAGUGACCCGGACACCCGGAGAGUUGAUUCGGUUGGGACUCCAUGCUGAGCGGGCCCUGAGCCAUGGGUAUUGUCCUCUCCCAACCAUUUAGUAGGAUGCUCUGCACACGGAAAUCACUCCGUAAAUAGCAUCGCUUGACAGCUGCUUCUCGAACACAAAGAUUGACUCUCGCCGAAAUAAAACACUAAUAAUAAAUCACA